AUGCAAUUCAGAGGCACACAAUUCCCAGGCGGUAGGAGUGAUUCGUUUGGAGCCCAUCCACGAUCUCAACGCCAAUCGUCUUUUGGAACGUCCACAUCAUCCGCUUUGGAUUCGAUUGCUCAAAUGAUUCCCUCUGAGAAUCCGUAUGUGAUGAAGUUUGAAAAGUUCACCAAGAAGGUGGAGGAACUGAUUGAUGGAUACCUUUCACCAGCUAAACCAUAUGUGCCAUUUAUUGGAAGAUUUCUGAUUGUGGCCACUUUCUUUGAGGACUCGCUCAGAAUAAUGUCCCAAUGGAAGGAGCAGGUGUACUAUCUGGCAACUUUCAGACAUCUCUACGAAUGGUUUGUCAAGCUGUUCCUGCUAUUUAAUAUAGUUUGCAUGAUUACUGGAGCAGUCCUUGUCAUCCUUAGGAGAAAGCCAGAAAUUGCUACUGGACUGCUCUCUUCUAUUGUCCUACUUCAAGGAUUCGUCUAUGGUCUCUUUUUUGAGCCAGUGUUUUUCUUCAGAAACGUUUCUGUCAUUGGCGGUCUGCUUCUUGCCUUGUCGGAUUCGCUUGUUGUCGACAAGAGAUCUUUGCUCAUGCCUGGCCUACCGAUGAUGGAGUCGAAAGACAACAAAAAAUACUUCUUGCUGGUGGGCCGCAUCAUGCUCAUAGUUUUAUUUUUGGCUUUCACGAUGACUAUCAAAUGGACCAUCAUCAACUUCCUCAUUAUUUUGAUUGGUCUUGUGUCCUGUAUGUCAAUUGUGGUUGGAUACAAAACGAAAUUCAGUGCAUCAUUCUUAACUCUUCUUCUCACAGUUAACAACAUGUUGACCAACCACUACUGGACUUAUGGUUACAAAGACACCAGAAGAGACUAUUUGAGAUACGAGUUUUUCCAGACCCUCAGUAUCGUCGGCGGAUUAUUAUUGAUCGUGGACACUGGAGCUGGAGAACUCUCUGUCGACGAGAAGAAGAAGAUCUACUAA